CUGGUUAGGACAACACAGAGACAACAACAAUGAUAGCUCUGCUGCUGCUGGCGCUGGUCGCUCACUCCUUUGCGCUGCCUGUGAAGUCAGGGGACAACGACAACUGGCUUUUAGCUGAGAAGUACCUCCGGCGCUUCUAUGGCCUCCCGGCCGGUCUCCAGGGAAGACAGAGGAUGGCAGAUGCCCUUCAAGAGAAGAUCAAGGACAUGCAGAGAUUCUUCAACCUCAAGGUGACAGGAAAUCUGGAUGACAACACUCUGGAGGUGAUGAAGCAGGCCAGAUGUGGCGUCCCGGACAUCGGGGAGUACAACCACUUCCCACGACAUCUCAAAUGGUCAAAUAACAAUGUCACGUUCAGAAUAGUGAAUUAUACACCAGAUCUGCAGAAGUCUGACGUGGACAGAGCCAUCCGCAACGCACUCAAUGUCUGGGCCGACGUCACCCCUCUGACCUUCAAGAAGUUGUACCGGGGCAACGCUGACAUCAUGAUCAGCUUCGGCUCAAAAGAGCACGGAGACUACAACCCUUUUGACGGGCCUAAUGGAUUGCUGGCUCACGCCUACCCCCCCGGCCAAGGCAUUGGAGGAGACACUCACUUUGACGAGGACGAACACUGGAGCAAAGAUUCAUCAACAUACAACUUGUUUAUAGUGGCGGCCCACGAGUUGGGCCACGCUCUCGGCAUGGGCCAUUCCACAGACGCCGGCGCCCUGAUGUACCCCGUCUACUCGUACGCUAGAGGCUUCCCGCUGGCCGAGGACGACAUCGAAGGCAUUCAAGCACUCUACGGCCCAAACCCGAACUCAAGGAAAGUGAAGCCCAAACCUGAUGCGCCAAACAAAUGUGACCCCAUGUUGACUUUUGAUGCCGUCACAGAGCUCAGAGGGGAAACCAUCAUCUUCAAAGACAGAUUCUACUGGCGUCUCCAUCCUCAGAUGCCCGAGCCUGAGCAGACACUGAUCAAGUCAACCUGGCCCUCCAUCCCCAACAAGGUGGAUGCAGCAUACGAGAACUCAGAGAAGGAUCUCGUCAUCAUUUUCAGUGGGAUCCAAAUGUGGGCUUUGAACGGUUACAGCCUUGUGGAUGGUUAUCCGAAGUACAUCCACAAACUUGGACUUCCCAAGAAAAUCAGGAAGAUAGAUGCUGCUGUGCACAUCAGGGACACUGGGAAGACUCUGCUCUUUACUGAUGAGGACUACUGGAGCUAUGAUGAAGCAACAAGCACCAUGGAUACUGGCUACCCACGAUCCAUUGAGGACGACUUCCCAGGGAUGGAUGACGAAAUUGACGCUGCUGCCUAUCACUAUGGAUACUUGUAUUUCUUCCACGAACAAAUGCAGUACGAGUACAGUUACAGCUCGAGGAAGGUCAUUCGCAUCAUGAGGACCAACUCCAUUCUCAACUGCUGAGGGGGGAGCCCGCAACUGUCGGCAACAGCUUUGCAACAUCCACAGAAUAUGCACAAACAUGCAUGUAGGACAUGAGACAUAUGGAGAUGCAGGUCACUGAGUGAGCAGGGAACUGGAGACAAGCAGACGAGUAGAGUUGAGUUGUAACAGGUUUUUUUUUUUUUUUAUAUUUACUUGUGCUGGACACCCGUAGGUCUUGUGAUUUGUCAGACACAGGAUGCUGGAAAAUUCCUCAGAAAUAUAUUUCCUUAGAUUAUCUCUAUUUAUUUUACAUCUUUAUAUUUGUACUUCAAGUUUCACCGCUGGCCGCAAGAUUCUUAGCAGGUUAAGUGUCCUGUCGGUCUCAUUAUUUGACUAUUUGUCUCACUAACUUUGGUGUUUCACCUGAAGAGCUUAGAGGUUUAAUAUAUUCUGUGUUUGUCCUUCCAUUUUUGUAAGUUUUGUGAAUUACAAUAAAAAGCAAAGAAAUCAAA